AUGGAGUCCUUUGCCACUCUUAAGCGUCGCACCACCGAGGUGCUACAGACCGUUCCGCAGGCACUACCUAAGAAGUUUCCCAACAUGCCGAACAUGCCCAACAUGCCUAAUAUGCCAAACAUGCCAAAUAUGCCCACCAUGCCCAAAGUCAGCCUGCCGUCCAUGCCAUCCCUUCCCGGCAUGGGCGGCCCGCCCACGGACAGGAACGCCAUCAAGGCCAGCUGGGAGCGCAUCUCGAUGGAUUCGCUCCCGCGCUCCAAUCACACGCUCGACGUCGUCGGCAACACGGCCUACAUAUUUGGCGGCGAAACAUCCUCCCGCGGCGGUCAGAUCACCAAUGACAUGCACGCCGUCAUCUUGCCCAUGAGCGGCGCGAGCGCCGACUACUACACCAUCAAGGCCGUAGCCGCCCCCGUGGCUGUCGAGCACGCGCCGCAGGAGGAGGGCGUCACUCUGACGGAACAGGAAAUGGCGAGCACAGGCAAGGAAAAGGAGCUCACAGAGAUUUCCCUCACAUCCCCGACAACGGCUUCUGCGCCAGAGUUGCCCAUCAUCAACGAGCCGGUACCCGACGACGCUAGCUCCGCCGUUGGCGACCAAGCUGACGAGCUGCCUCCUGUACCACCCAGCCCCAGUCGAGUGGACAAGGGGAAAGCCGCUGCCGGCCCCGCGCCUCCAGCAGACAAGGUACCGCCUGCCCGCACAGGCCAUGCGUCAGCCGUCAUCGGGAGUCGCAUUUUCAUCUUUGGUGGAUCUGAUAUCAGCAGCAAAGUUCCCCUGGACGAGCGUGGCCGCGUCUGGGCCUUCGACACAAGGACGCACGACUGGGCCGCCCUAGACCCCCAACCGCCAGCCCUGCCCGCCCCUCUCACGCCUCUCACGCUCAGCACCGUUGCGCACCCGACCUACCCCUCCCCCCGGAUCCAGCACUGCGCCACGGCGACCGACAGACCAGGGAAGCCGGGCGAGCACGGCCACAGCAGGCGCGAGGGCGGCGGCAGCUGGGGCUUCAACAAGCACGCCGGCCGAAGGCCGAGCAACUGGCGAGAGUGGGCCGAGGGGGACAGCGCCGAGGUGGGGACGCCGCAGGCACCCAUCGUAGGCAAAAUCGCCGCGGCGGCCGUGGACGAGGAGACGGACGGGUACGGCACCUUUUUCGUACACGGCGGCGUGCUCGCCGACGGCACACUGACCAACGACGUCUGGGCAUUUGACGUGCACACGCGAGUCUGGCAGCAGCUUCCCGAUGCUCCCGGCGCAGGAAUCGCGGGCGCCGCCAUCUGCGUGAGCAGAUCCCGGCUGUACAGGUUCGGUGGGGACAUUGCGACGCUCGAGUAUCUGGUGCUCGGCCUGGACACGUUUGACGACAAGUCGGCGCUGGGCGAGGAGGUCACCGUUACGGCCCGCAGCAGCUCGUGGAGGUCGCUCGGCGAGGAGUCGGACCACACGGCCGAGGACGCCACACAGCAUCCCUCUCCGGGGCCCCGAGUCGCCCAUGGCAUGCGCGUCGUCGCGGCCGGCGGCGGCCGCGAAUACAUCGUCGUCCUCCUGGGCGAGGGCCCCGAGGCGGGCCAGUUCUACGACGACGCCUGGGCCUACCAGGUCCCCGCGCACGGCAUGACCGCCGCGUCCGCCAUGGACAGGUUCAGCAAGGUGCUUCGCCGCAAGUCGGGCGAGGGCAGGUGGUAUCGCAUCCAGGGCCGGGCGUUUGACGAGGACGACGAGCGUGCCGCCUCGGGACCGGGGCCGAGGGGCUGGGCCGGCGUCGCCGGGUUUGCAGAUGAGAAUGCCAUCGUUGUGUGGGGCGGUGUCGACGAGGCAGGGAGGAAGUUAGGAGAUGGGUGGAUCUUGAGGUUGGACUAG